GCCAAAGCAGUAAAUACUAGGCGAGCUAGCAGGCACUGCAGGUUAUGUGGCUACUCCCUGUAUUAGCAGUAUUUACAAUGUUUUAUCAAACGUUAUUUAACUUAUCUGGCUAACAGUUCAGCGUCUGUUGGGUGUGUUUCGAUAAGGGAUGAACCGUCAGCUUCAAUUUGUGUCAUAAGGAAGGCUCGUCCACUUGAUCAAAUUUGUGGUGACUUAGCUUAGCUAGCUAGCUAGCUUCACAGGUUAGCUUAACGCUAGCAAGCUGAGUUGGCGUCUAACGGAGGCUCUGUUGCUAGUGACUAUGCAAGGGGAAGCCACGGCUGUACGAAUCCCGGAAAACGAAGGCAAGCUGGAUGUAUUGCCCCAGACCAGGACCCCAAGCUCGGGGCGAGCAAGUGCCAAAAGCUGGCAGUACAGUGACCACAUGGAGAAUAUCGAUGGCUACUUGAUGAAAUACACCAACCUUGUAACAGGGUGGCAAUACAGGUUCUUUGUCUUAAACAAUGAGGCUGGCUUGCUGGAGUACUUUGUCAACGAGCAGUCGAGGCCCCAGAAGCCCCGUGGCAUGCUCCCCCUGGCAGGGGCCGUCAUCUCCCCCAGCGACGAGGACUCCCACACCUUCACUGUCAACGCCAUCAGCGGGGAGCAGUACAAGCUCAGGGCCACCGAUGCCAAAGAGAGACAGCACUGGGUGAGUCGACUGCAGAUCUGCACACAGCACCACACGGAGGCCAUGGGCAAGAGUAAUCCUCCACCCAAGUCCCGGAGCUACUCUAUGGCGUCUCAAGGCAGCGGCAGCUCUCCCAUGUCGUUACGCCGGCCCAGCCAAAACCCCGCCUCCUUAUUCGGCUGGUCGCAGCUCAACAAGGGCUCGUCACUCUACGGCAGCAAGAGGUCCCUGCUGCCAGACCACCUGAUGGAUGCUAGAGAGAUGAUGACCCAGGCCCAGGGCCAACACAGAGACCUAAUCCAGAGCAUCGAGGGUCUGCCUCCAGCCCCCGGCUUCUCCCCUCUAGACCAGGAUCUGCUGAUGCUCAAGGCCACUUCCAUGGCCACCAUGAACUGCCUCAACGAGUGCCUGCACAUCCUGCACCUGCAGCAGAUGGCCAGGCAGAGAGGCUCCCUGGGAGGACCCACCAUCGAGUGGUUGGAGCCCAAGCUGCCCGACAUCCUGAAGAACGGCAGCAGCUCCCUGGGAAGCUUCGCGACAGGGGAGGGCCUGCUGGAGGGGAGCGGUCUGGAGCUCGGCAGCCCCGACUCUUGCAGCUUCUCUGGGGAACAGGAAGACAUCGAUGCGGAGGAUGAGGCCGAGGACUCGUUCACCGAUAAGGAAGAGGACCUGGGUGCUGUGGAGGAGGAACGCAGCGUCAUCUUGCACCUGCUGUCCCAGCUGAAGCUGGGUAUGGACCUCACGCGGGUGGUCCUCCCCACCUUCAUCCUAGAGAAGCGCUCUCUGCUGGAGAUGUACGCUGACUUCAUGUCACAUCCCGACCUCUUUGUGACCAUCACCGACGGCAGCAGCCCGGAGGACCGCAUGGUCCGCUUUGUGGAGUACUACCUCACGUCCUUCCACGAGGGACGGAAGGGGGCCAUUGCCAAGAAGCCCUACAACCCCAUCAUCGGCGAGACCUUCCACUGCUCCUGGAAGGUACCCAAGAAACCAGAGGCCUCCAAGGAGCAUUCAGAGGAUAGCCCCGACCCGGCCGCCCCCCAGGACCCCUACCAAGUGCGCUUUGUGGCGGAGCAAGUGUCCCACCACCCCCCCGUGUCUGGCUUCUACGCUGAAUGCCAGGAGAGGCAGAUGUGUGUGAACACGCAUGUGUGGACCAAGAGCAAGUUCAUGGGAAUGUCUAUCGGUGUGUCCAUGAUAGGGGAAGGUUGUCUUUAUUUGCUGGAGCAUGAAGAAGAGUACACUUUCACGCUGCCUUGUGCCUAUGCACGCUCCAUCCUCACCGUUCCCUGGGUGGAGCUGGGCGGCAAAGUCAACAUCAGCUGCGCUAAAUCUGGCUACUCGGCGGUCAUCACUUUCCAGACUAAACCAUUCUACGGUGGCAAAUUACACAAGGUCACAGGGGAGGUGAAGCACAACACCACCAAUGCGGUGGUGUGUCGCGUGCAGGGCGAGUGGAACGGGGUUCUGGAGUUCAGCUACACCAGCGGAGAGACGAGAGUGGUGGACGUCACCAAGCUGCCUGUUACCAAGAAGAGCGUUCGACCGAUUGAGAAGCAGGGACCAACUGAAUCCAGGCGCCUGUGGCAGCAUGUCACUGAGGCCUUGCGGCAGAAGAACGUUGAAAAAGCCACGGAGCACAAGAGGAUUCUGGAGGAGAGGCAGAGGACGGAGGAGAGGCACCGGGCUGAGACCGAAACCACUUGGAGGACCAGAUACUUUGACAGAGAGGGUGAAGGAUGGGUCUAUCACAAACCACUUUGGAAAACCUCUGCAUCCAAAUCCUAGUUUCUUCAGUCUGUCUUUGAUGUAGAUAUUGUAGAUUCAGGAGUUUGUGAGAGUGUGUGUGGACACACACAUGGUUAUGAAAUGAGAGCAUGACCUGCACUGACGUACAGAUGAAUGCAGCAUGGGGAGGAGGACAGAGACGGCAUGACUUAAGGUGUUCUCAUGGUUUUCACCAAGCCUCGAAGUACAAGCUGUUGUACUGCUGAUCAGUUGUUUUUUAUAAUCUAAUGUCAAUGAAAACCUCUUGUUGUACAGGUAUAAUGGUACUCUAUCUACACAGCCUUAAGACAGCCUGAUCAACCUGGAUAUGCUUCUUUUCAAGCUGUGGGAUCGCGUGACAUUUGACUUCCAACAUAAAGAAAACCUAAAUAUUUGGAAUACUGCCUGUUAAAUGUAAUGCUGUGAAAAUGUAGUGAUUUGAUUUGGUGUGUUGGAAUGUAUAAGAUCUCAUCCAUGUUUAAGUGACUGUACACUCUGCUUCAAGUCAAAGUGUUUCUCUAUAACAAACAGUAAAUAUUCAUGACUAACGAAUCAAAGUAAAACAAACAUUUUUAGGCACUAGCUUUUUGAGAGUAUAACAGUCAAGCUCAGCUGAUCUGCUUCAUCCGGACUGUAAACUUGUGCUUUCGUCAGAUGUGAUUGAGGAGAGCUUUGCGAGUAGGUCACGAUACCAGAAAUUUAGUAAGGACACCGGUGAAAUUUCUCGAUACUCAAUCCGAUACCACAGUAAAAAACUAAACGUGCUUCAACGUACUCUUAUUUCAGUUUGCACACCGAUUUCUUUCCGAUAAGUUAUUAAUCCCUAAUGAUCCCCCUUAAGUUUCUCGCCAACAACUACAUUUUACAUUUGAGCGCACCAUGAUAACGUUAUUUACCUUCUCCCAGUACUCAUUUUCACCGGAUAUUGAACACAUACUGGAACUCAAUGCAACCUCCGUACAUUAGCUCCAUUAACUAGCGCUCCUCCUGCUGAUUUCAACACAUUUGUAGCACUAUCGGGUAAAGCUUCCAUCAUCCCUGUGACGACGAGACCCCAUUAGUCUGGAGCCCUGAUCCCUGGUACCUGUGGUACUCUAGAAAAAUGAGUACCGUCCCGUUUUCAGACUUUCAGCAUCGACUUGGUGCCAAAGUAUCGGUUUUCGUGACAUCCCGAAAUCUCGUUUCUGUCUCCAAGCCCGAGAGGAAAUCACCCCAAUGACCUGACCAGGGUCAUUGUUUCAGACAUUAAAGAACUGCUCACAGGCUGAGGUACUCCCUGUGACGAGUAAACUGAUGUGUAAAACUGGUAGAAUAACCUGUUCACAUUAUAAUUUGAAUAUUGAUUGGUAUCUGGUAGAUUGUGUGCCUUUUAGAUGUACUCAUUGAAAUAAAGUCAUGCAGUUUAUCUCGUGUAUUCAAUUGUUUGAUGCUAUAUUGACGAAGACGUUGUUGGAAUGGGAUGCCAUCGACUAGCUGACAAAUAACUACAUUUAAAAUAAUAAUCGCAUGCGAAUGCAUCUACAGACUGCUACCCCCAUUAUCUCUUCUUUUUACUCCUGUGCUUUUUGCAGUGGAUGGAGAAAUUCCUACAUGCACGACAUCUCUUCAUCUCACUGAAAGUGUACUACUCCCGUGUCUGCAUUACUUAAGUUUAUAAAUGUCUGGUAAAAGCUUUUAACUAAAUUUGCUUGUUUUGUAAUGCAAAUAAAUAUUUUCUUUGAAUGUGUAAUUAUCCCCAAUCUUUGUGCUUUAAUUGCGCUUGUUUUUUAGAGCCACUUUCUGUAUAGAUGUUAACAUUUCUCAUUCCAUUCAUGUUUUAGUUUAAUUUGGAAGUAAUUUCAGUCUACCUUACUGUGAUACAUGUGACAAACAUUCCUUUGUCUCUCUCCCCCCCCCCCCCCCCCCCCUUCACAUUCUCACAGCGUCCCAGUAUCAAGUAGGACACGUUCCUCUUCUCUACAGAAAGAGACGCUCCCUCCUCUCUCCACGUCUUGGUGCCUUAUGCAAACUCUUUCUGUGAGUCUUCCAACUUUUGUGUGUGUGCUUUUUUAGAGUCAGUGAUUCAUGUUGGGAGAAGUCAACAGCACUGAUUAUUCGAGGGUUUGACAUUGUCUUGGUAUUGGAUUCUACUGCUCGUCUUGCUGACCUAUGAAAUGCACUGACAUUGAAGGAAACCUGAUGUUGUAGAAAAAUGGACAUGUGUGGAGAAUAAUCAAAUAAAUUGCGUAUCGGUUG